GUGAAGCGGUAAAUCUUAAGCUGUAUUCACACUGGAUGAGCUCCUGCUCCUUCUGAGUUCGAUUCUCUCUCAACCUCAAAGGCUUAAAAUACCACUACGUAGCUGUCACCGCCUCCUCCAAAUCUGACCCUGAGUUCCUCAAGUUGAAUCCUCUUGCUUUAAUUCCCGUUCUGGUGGAUGGCGAUUUUGUUCUUGCUAAAUCUUUAGCCAUUAUUAUGUAUUUAGAUGAUAAGUAUCCUCAAUACCCUUUGCUGCCUCAUGACAUUCCCAAAAGAGCACUCAAUUUUCAGGUUGCACAUAUUGUUUUGCAGAAUAACGUCAUUGAGAAAAAGGUUGGCCCUCAUGAAAAACUUCCUUGGGCACAAAGUGUCAUUAGAAAGGGCUUCACAGUACAGGGGCAUUUGAGUUUUGAAAUACCUUCAAUUCUUAUUAUUAGUCUUCAAUAUGUAGUGCAAGAUCACUUGGAGGAUUUUAAUUGGUGUUGCCGUGGAAUAUGUAAUCUGACAGCCCAUUCCAGAGGAUUGGUUUGGGUGAUAAAUAUCCUAUUGGCAGUAAAGUUUAAGCUGUUUGGAGUGAAGAUAGCUCCGCUGAGAAUGAACAAAGGAAUGAACACUGAUACAAUUGUUAAGGCCAAGAGUUUUCUUUAUGGUGAUGAAGAUCAGCAUGAAAAAGAUGUGUUUGAGAAGAAUCUGAAGGCGCUUCAGAACAUUUUUUAGUCAUUAUGCCAAGAUUAGAAGAUUAACGAUUUUCUGUU